CGGGUUUAUUUGGGAACUGCGUCACGCGCGUUCCAGGAGCCAGCGAGCGAGCGAGUGAGGCGGUCGGCGGGACGGAAUUAAAGCGGUCGCGAGUCCCACCAUGGUGAAAGUGGCCUUCAACUCCGCGCUCGGCCAGAAGGCGCCCAAGAAGGAUGAGAACAACGAGACGCUGAUCAUCCCCGAGAAGGAGCCAGAGGAGGAGGUUGUGCCAUUUAGACACCAAUCACGUGUCUGGUGUUGGUGUAUGUGCCUGGGACUAGCUCUUAUGCUGUCGGGUGUGGUGGUUGGUGGUGCAUAUCUCUACCGAUAUUUUAUCGUGCAGGAAGGUGAAGUUUUCUUUUGUGGUCUCAAGUACAGUGAUCCUAAAGACUACAUUGUCCCUGAAAUUGGUGCUGAUUCACAAGUAGCUCCAUACCAAUCAAUUGAAGAAAAUAUUCGAAUUUUGGAAAAUGAUGGAGUUGAACUGAUCAAUGUUCUUGUCCCAGAGUUUGCUGAUGGUGACCCUGCAGAUAUUGUUCAUGAUUUCCAUAGGGGUUUGACGGCAUAUCUGGACUUGGGUUUGAAUAAAUGCUAUGUCAUUCCACUAAAUUCAUCCAUUGUUAUGCCACCACGCAAUUUGUCUGAAUUGCUAAUCAACAUCAAGGCUGGCACUUAUUUGCCUCAGUCUUACUUGAUCCAUGAAGAGAUGGUGGUUACUGAUUAUAUUGAAAAUGUGGAUGAGCUUGGAUUCUUUAUCUCACGCCUUUGUCGUGGGAAGGAGAGCUUCAAGCUUCAACGCAGAGAUUCUGUGAAAGGAAUCCAAAAGCGGAAUGCAUUGAAGUGUUUCAAGAUCCUUCAUUUUGAAAGUAAAGUUGCAGUUGAAACUCGUGUCUGUGAACAAUAAUUGCAGAAGACAAUCUGGUGCAGCUCCAUAUUGAGCCCACAAAUCAUUUUUUCUUGGUGUGCAAUGCAUUUUUCAUUUUUUUUUUAGUGCUGUAAACAGGGUUUACUUUUAAAAUUUUCAUCUCUGCUUAAAUACUAUCAGAAGUGUAAGAUGCAGGUAGAUGUUUAAAGAUAUGAUUAGUAGUUUGUGAGAAGGAUAAUGCCAGUAUUUCUAUUGUUUUAAUAGUGGGCUAUAUUAUUAGACUGGAAUUAAUACUUUUUUGACUUGUGCGGGAAGGAACUGGAGAAUUCCCCACUUUUUCCUCAAAUAUCUACAAUCUAUAUUCUAGGCACAGUGGAUAAGGUGAAAGAGAACAUAAUAUGGUAAAUGCAUUUGACUAAUUGCUAAUUUGUGUAUAUAAUCUAAGUACAAUAAAAAAAAUAAAAUGG